AUGGCUCUCCAUGGUAGGAGUUUUAAUCAGUUUACUUCAUCGGAAUCAGCAAGCCCAAGUACCAGGCAGUAUCUUCCAGCAAGCAAUGAUUCUCAAGGUAGUGGCUUGCGGCCAUAUUACCCCGUUGAAACAAAAUGGGCUCUUGGGCUCCAGUCUCGAGCUCAACCUCGUGAGAUAAUGAUCGAGGUUCUAAAGGCACUUCAAGAAUUAAAUGUCUGCUGGAAGAAGAAUGGACACUACAACAUGAAAUGCAGGUGGUGCCCUAUGUUUCCUCAGCUUUACAAGACCAAGGAUGACAAGUACCUGCUAGAUAUGCAGAGAGUUACUAGACCUCAGCUCCUCUUCCUGGAUUUUUGCGCGGCCUUCCUUACCAACCUUAGGGUUCUAUAGUAUGGUGCCCGCUCUGGUUGAGUGAUGAAUAGUGAGACAUAUGACUGUCAGCGAUGAAUAAGUUGGUGCCUGUUCUGGUUGAGUGAUGAAUAGCGAGACAUAUGACUGUCAGCGAUGAAUAAGUGAUGGUGUGUAAAUAGGUGGUGGUGUGUUUCAUCUUCGUUUUACCCAGUCCCUGACAGCGAACCGUGUUGUUUGUGUGACUAGUCCAGUGUGAAGCACCAAAAUGUUAAGUGGUUAUUAUAAGUAAGACUUAUAUGGUAAAUAGGCCUGGUGAACCAUUUUCUCU